UGCAAGAGAGGUGCAUAAUAUUGAUACUCGCGGGUUCUCGACGUCGUUGGUGCAAAAUCUCUGUUUAUCUCACCUAUGUUGACCGUGUACACUAGCUAAAUGGAUCAAGAGAAUGCCAAAUAAAGGAAAGAAAGAGAAGCAGGCUUCAAAGGCCGGGGGGAGUGCGAAGCAAGCGAAUAAAGAAAACGGCGACGGUUUAAGCGAUGAGGCAAAAGCGAAGUCUCAAGCCGCUACUCAUCCUCCCAGUCAAGCAGUGAAACUUAGACAAUAUGCAAAUGGACCAUCGAUUAUGAGGAAGGAAAAGAGACAGAGUUCUUCGUCUUUCAACGUGAGCGACAAUCGGGAGAUAAUGAAAUUGCCUCCCCUGAAGGAUACAGCACCAAAUGAAAGAGAACAACUCUUUGUUCAAAAACUUCAGCAGUGUUGCAUUUUGUUCGACUUUGUGAUGGAUCCGCUAAGUGACCUCAAAUUCAAGGAAGUCAAAAGAGGGGCACUUAAUGAGAUUGUUGAUUUUAUCACUCACAACAAAAAUGUGAUCACAGAACCAAUUUAUCCUGAAGUAACUCGUAUGUUUGCUGUCAACACAUUCAGGACUCUUCCACCCCCAUCAAAUCCAAAUGGAGCAGAGUUUGAUCCUGAAGAAGAUGAACCAAGUUUAGAAGCUGCCUGGCCACAUCUUCAAAUUGUGUAUGAAUUAUUCCUGAGGUUUCUGGAGUCUCAGGAUUUUCAGCCAGCAUUGGCCAAGAAAUUUAUUGAUCAAAAAUUUGUUAUGCAGCUGCUUGAUCUUUUUGAUAGUGAAGAUCCAAGGGAACGAGAUUUCCUUAAGACAGUUCUCCACAGAAUAUAUGGCAAGUUCCUUGGACUCAGAGCAUAUAUCAGAAAACAUAUAAAUAAUAUAUUUUACCGAUUUAUAUAUGAAACUGAACAUCACAAUGGGAUUGCAGAGUUGCUGGAAAUUCUAGGGAGCAUCAUCAAUGGCUUUGCAGUUCCACUCAAAGAGGAACAUAAAUAUUUCCUUAUGAAAGUUCUUAUGCCUCUCCACAAGGUCAAAGCACUCAGUAUGUACCAUCCACAGUUGGCUUACUGCAUUGUACAAUUUUUGGAAAAGGAUCCCACACUCACUGAACCGGUGAUUGUGUCACUUAUGAAGUUCUGGCCAAAGGUUCACAGCCCAAAAGAGGUUAUGUUUCUUAAUGAACUUGAAGAAAUUCUUGAUGUCAUUGAGCCAUCAGAAUUUGCCAAAAUCCUUGAACCUCUCUUCCGCCAACUGGCAAAGUGUAUCUCAAGCCCACACUUUCAAGUUGCUGAGCGUGCAUUGUAUUACUGGAAUAACGAGUAUGUGAUGAGCUUGAUGAGUGAUAAUGCUGGUGUCAUAGUGCCCAUCAUGUUUCCUUCUCUUUACAAACACUCAAAGAACCACUGGAACAAGACAAUACAUGGUCUCAUAUACAAUGCUUUAAAGCUCUUUAUGGAGAUGAAUCAAAAGCUCUUUGAUGAAUGUACACAAAAAUAUAAACAAGAAAGACAGAGGGAAAAAGAGGAUCUCAAAAAGAGAGAGGAAGCAUGGCUAAAAAUUGAUGAACUAGCUCGGAAAAACCCUGAUUAUGUCAAGAUUGCCCGUCUAGCUGGUGUUGAUGAUGAGAGAGAUAGGGAGCUUAUGGACCAGGGUUGUGAGAUGGAAGGGGUAGAAGAUGGAGUGGUUGUUCUUCAAGGAGUCUCGAAAACAGUAGGCUGUUUGCUAUUUUCCUGUGGAGUUUAAUUCAUCCCCUAAAGG